AUGGCAGAGGAAGCAGACGACGUCAUGCCAGCGCUCGACAUGGUCAAACUCAUCAGCGCUGAAGGCCACGAGCUCUAUAUCAGUAGGAAGUGUGCUAUGGUCUCGGGCACUAUCCGUGCUAUGCUGAGUGGUCAGUUCACCGAGAGCAAGGGCGAGAUCACUUUCCCUGACAUCAGUGCCCCGAUUCUGGAAAAAGUGUCGCAGUACAUGUACUACAAGACGCAGUACUCGGACAGCACGACGCGUCUGCCUGAGUUUGCUAUUGAGCCGGAGAUCGCCAUGGAGCUGCUCAUGGCGGCCAAUUACCUCGACUGUUGA